AUGUUGUGGGUGGCGCGCAGUUUUUGUUUUUUAUUAUUUCUUGUUUCAUUCACUUUGGUUUCUCUUCAACCGCCUUAUUAUGGACUGAUUCAGUUGGUUCCUGAUUUAUAUUCAGCGGCAUAUGAAAUCGUCCCCAAUUUCACCUUUCAAAUACUUUUUAAUCAAUGUCAUCACCAGUUGAAAGAAACUUUCAAAGAUGACAUCAGGAUCAAUGGAGAAAUUUGUGGAAAAGUUUUCAUGGUGAUAGCAGAAUAUAAAAAAAAUGCAGACAAAGAUGUUCAAUAA